AUUGGACCUCCCACUCAUAUCCGGUUUCCGGUCCGACGCCCCCUGCUUAUUCGCUAGGCAACCUUGAUUGGCGUGACCCCAGCCCAAUGGCUGACCUGGCGAUGGGGUCGGGAGGAGCGAGACGUUCCUUUGGACCGGGUCCGCCCUCUCUAUGGAUGCUCGGAUUGUUAAGCCGUUGCGUGUGGGGGUAGUUGGUCAAACUUUGAACCAAAGUUCAGUGUUGCAAUCAGAAAGUGUGUAAAACCGUACAGCCGAGGUGGCAAGUCUUUGGGAGGUCCUAUACGUUGCCGAGGGACUGACUUCAUCGGCUUUUUCUCCGCGCUGCGUGGCCACGUGGCUGGUGGCUGGUGGGGGACGAUACUGCGUCGUGGCUGUGGUACCCUGGCGGGUUCAAAGAAGGACACGUUAGAUUUAACAAGCUCAGACCGCACGGUGUCUGCCGCGGAGGAUCGCGGGAUCAUACACAGCGAUCCACGCGGUGCGCCCUUUUUGCCGCAGCCCACCUGGUACAACAGGAUUGUAUCGGCCCCGGGUACCACAGCCCGGGCCUCUAUGUGCCCCCAGACCACCUAUUCUGAAAGUAAAUGUGGCUGACAAAUCCCUGUCACCAGCUGGCAAAACAGAUCGCAAUGCGUGCGUGCCGGGUUGUAAGCAAACCACAAGCGCGCAGUGGUUUUUUCCACCUCCCAGGCUCAAAUCCCUCCGCAGACCCCAAACUCAGAACAGUGCGCAUGCAUAGACGCGCUGAGCCCGCGAGGCCCUCAAAGCUAUUUACCACCUGCAGUCUCCAAGCCCACCGCGGCACUGCAAGGGGAGCGCGGCCGGCCAGCCGGCCGGCCGAGAGAGCGCUGCGUUUGUGGUCACCGUGCCGCCGCGGCAGGCAGACCGUAGCAGUGCAAAAGUGAAGCGGUUACCUUAAGAUACCCCUACCAAAGGGCAAGGGGCUGGUGGGGGGCUUCAGAGGGGUCAGAUCGCAGACCCCACAGCCCGUGGCUGAUGUUGGAAGCCGCUUGCCGCCGCCGCUGCCACUGUCGGCGCGGCACGGUUUCCCUUUGGGUUAAAUGCGCAAUGUCUUUAAGACCACCCUGAAUUCACCGCGAUCACUAACAAAAACAGCCUUUAACCCUUUUCCCGAAUGCGGAAAUCUGAGGUCAGAGCUGCGGAGGGUCCCCCCAUGCACCCUGCACCCUCCCCCCAUGGUGCCGGCGCCGCCACCGCCUGGGGGCUUUGCUUGACUCUCUGCGGCGCGCGCCCAAGACCCUGUUAUUCUUCUGCGUCACCAUCCACAUAAACGAGGGAGAACCCUGCCCGAACCUUCCUACGCCACUGCUGAGACCCCAAAAGCAUAAUGGGGCUGGGGGACAUGGAAGUGCUUAAUCGAAGCCAACCUCCGCAAACGACAAACAUCAAGCUAAAUGUACCGAUGCGGCAGAAAGUACCCCAGGACAUUUUAAAAAUGAGCCGUAUGCCCGCAUGUGGCAGCCCCUCGCCCCUCGCCCCUCGCCCCCUCUCCGCCCCUCCGGUGGGCUUGCGACCACCUGUCGCAUUCUGGCGCCCGCGCGCCUGUGGCCCCUUCCCAGGCAUUUAAAGCCUCAUUCUCCGGAUGUCGGGCUCACAAUCGGGGGCUCUCUAGGGCUGGGGUCUUUGGCUACGGGGCUCAACGGUAUUCUUGGGGUGAUAAAACCUUCCGCAGUCCCCCCUCCCCCCGAGGAGAAUCAGUUGGGAGGGAGGAUUUCGCUCCUCGACUCCAGCGUCCAGAGGCCCACGUCUUACGUCACGUGUCCCACAACGCAGGAGAGCCUUCUGUCUGGCCAGGGGAGAAGCGAGGACAAACACUCCAGUCGGGGAGAGGAGAGGAAGGAGCGGAGCCAUCUCUGCGAGGCCUGCGCUCAUCAGCCCCCUUACCCAAAGUCGGGGGCCACUGGCGCCCCGGAGCCGGCUCCAGGAGCCAGAGCCGGCUCUGCAUUGGAACCUGCGUCCUCUGCUGGCAGAGAAAAAAGCACUGCUGACGAUUUUCGGGCCGAAUCGGCACGCUCCUCAGGGCCAAGCAGGCGGAACUGACCUGGAGUGGAGAGAAAAAGAGAAGAAAAAACAAAAGGUAACUGGCCAGAGGGUGUCCUGAGGACACAGAACUUGUCCGGGAAGAGACAAGGCGUCACUAGCGAGAACUAAGUUGUUUCUGCCACGACCUGGGGCCCCAGGUUCUGAGCACUCUGAAGGGUUGCAAAGGGAGGCUGGAGGACUUUCCAGCCCAUCCUUGGAUUUUUUUAAAAUAAUUUUUUCACCCUAGUUUGGUUGGGUGCUCCGUUUUACGGGGCCCCAAUUUAUUUUAAGAGGCCGCCACCGUGUUAUGGGCAUGCGCAACUGCCUCCACGGCAAUAAUAUGCCAGGACAACGCGAUAUCCCCCCUGAAGUCGGGGAGCAGCCGGAACAACAACCUUUGGAGGCCCCAGGGCCAGCUGCCCCCAGUGCUGGGUCUGGCGCAGCCGAAGGGAUGGAGGCCCAAUCGCACGAUGAGCCCGUCCCCGUCGAGGUUGAGGGCAAGGUCAGUGGACGCCCAGAGGCCCCCGGACCCGACGCCCAGGGCCUCAGUCUGGGAGUCGAGGAAGACAGAGCCUGCGGAAACUACAGCCCACCCCCCGAGGAAGCCAUGCCCUUUGAGGUCGGGCAGCCCUGCUUGGGGGUUUUCUGGCCUUCCCAGGAGCAGCUGGGAUCCUUCAGUGUGGUCCACGCGGACCUCGAGGGGCCCCAUCCGGCGCGCAUGGAGCCCAGAGCAUUCGAUGGCGCGAGACCAGAGCAGGGAAGCUACAGCCCUCCGCCCGAGGAAGCUAUGCCCUUCGACUUUGAGCAGCUUGCACCGGGAGGCGGCAUCCAGCCUGUCUUGCAGGUCGCAGACCUUGCUCCAGGAGGUCCAUCUGCAGGGGUCCCUGGAGCUCCUGCCGAGGAGCCCGAAGCCCGCAGUCCCGAAGAUGCGGGCUUCCGAGGAAGAUACAGCCCUCCCCUUGAGGAGGCUGUGCCAUUUGAGUUCGAUGGAGAAACAUUUGGGGAGGAAAGCCCACCCCCGGGGCUCCCCAGAGUUAACCCGCAAGUCGAAGGUGGCGGCCAGUUCGCAGCUGUCGCAGCUCCGAGUCCGGUCCGCCUCGCUCCCGCCGCACACGCGCCUCCCCUGUGGGUCCCGGGCGCCAGCAGCAGCCCAUCCCGUGGGGCUGUCAGACCUCCCAAUUCCCCGGGCGACAACCCCCGGAUGGAGAUCUCCGGACCCCAGCUCAAGAUUGGUAGAUCCCCCAUUGGGGUCGACGACAUCCCUGUCAACAUGGACUGCCCCCCAAUCGCGAAAGACGGCCCGCCCAUCGAGGUCUCGGGAGCCCCAGAUAAGAGAGAGCGAGCCGAGGGACCCCCAGUCGAAGGAGGCGCAGCGGAGAUGGAAGGAGGAUCAGCGGCCGCCACUGCGGAGGAAGGGAAAGUGCCCUCUCCAGGGCACGGAUCCCCUGCCACCGGGGCAGCGCCCGCCGCUCCAGCAGAGCCCGACUCCGGGGCAGCCCCAGCCAUGCCAAGCGAUCCCGAAGCCCCAGCGGAUCCCGGCUCCGAAGGAGCCCCAUUCGCCCCGGCCGAGCCGGCUGGCACCGGAGCUGCCCCCGCUGCCGCAGUCGAUGCCGACACCCGUACGGUCCCUGCCGCGCAGAAGGAGCCUGACGCCGCCGGGACAGCCCGAGCCGAGCCCGACUCUGGAAGAGCUUGCGUCGCCCGCGCCAGCGAGCCCCACUCCGACUCCGGGAGAGCACCGAUCGCUCCGGCUCCGGCCCCAGCAGCGGCCCGGGCACUCCCCGCCGGCCCAGCCAAUCCCGGCCCCCGGGCAUUCCGCGCAGCCCUGGCCUCAGCCAACAUCCGGCGAGUCCCGGCCGAGCCAGCAAUCCGGGCCAUGCGAGCCAGCGCCGCUAUCCGAUCGUUCUCCGCGCUGCCCGGCGCCCGCGCACCCCCUGCCGCCCGGGCAGCCCCCAUCGCCCGAGCGAUGCCCGUCGCCCGGCCGGCCUCUGUCGCCCCUGUCCCCGGGGCCAGCCGCAAGCCGCAGCUGCUCCUCAGGCCCCCCAGCCCCGAGAUCCAGGUUGCUGACCCGCCUACUCCGCGGCCUACUCGGGCGUCUGCCUGGCGGGGCAAAUACGAGCGCGGCCGCGGCAGCCACCUCCGAUACGAAGAGCGGGGCCACGUCUGCGACGAUUCCUCCAGCGACGAGUCCGAGGACGGGGCCACCGGCUGCUUCCAGUGGCUCCAGCGCCGCAAUCGCCGCGGCAGAAAGCCCCAGCGCAACUCAUUCCGCAACUUCAUCUCCCAGACCUUCGGGGGCUGCUUCGGCGGAUGCGGGGGUCCCCAGCCCGGAGCCACGAGCCCCUCCAAGGUCAGGAAGGACUUUGUGGCCGAGCAGCGCAGCCAGAUGCGCAAAGAAGCCAUUGAAAUGCGCGCCCAGAAGCGCGCAGCGAAGAAACGCAGCCAGCUCAUCGACAAGCAACUCCAGGACGAGAAGAUGGGCUACGUGUGCACGCACCGCUUGCUGCUUCUAGGGAGAAAAGUGAUGCCGAGCGACACUGAGGGUCGUUUCCGGCUGGAAAGGCCAGCGCCAGCGCCAGCGCCAGCCACCGUAAGCUGGACAGGCGACAGGCGGGGGCUUCAGGUGAGCCAGGAACUGCCGGGGAGGGGCCCUGGGGCUCCCCUGGCUAAGAUGUGUGUGGGCUGGGGUCGUUGGGGAAGGCGCGUCCCGCCUUGCCUGGCACGGCUGCUUGGUGUCGGACAGCUUAUUGUUGGUGUGUGUUGGUGUCCAUAUUCUGUGUCCGCCUGUGCAUGACAUGCUCAAGUGUCCCCCAGUGACGCAUCCCUGGCAUCCCCCGAACUACCCGCCGACUGUGUACUUGUACUCGGGAACGGGCUGUCUUGUGAUUUGCGCCAUGGCGCGGGCCGAAACUUUCCGUGUCGCUGUCGCCGGCGGUACCUGUGCGCGGCCGCUGUGCGGUGAGCAGCAGCGCGGAGGCGCGGGGCCGGUGGCGGGGCAUCCUGGGUAAUGGCUGGGCCGCUGGCCGGGGUGGACGGGGCCGCUGCCCGGGGCCUCCAUAACCUUUUUCCUGUGUCUUUCUCUCUUUUUCCCUUUGCGCUAAGCGUAUCCUCACUUCUCAUUCGUUCGCCAAACCCUCCCGCCUUUACGGUUGAAAAACCAGACACGCAGGUAUCUGGGGCUCCCGGGCUGUACACAGGA